CGUACCAAGUGGCGUUUUUGAAGCAAAAACUAAUUUUUUCAACAAUAAUUCAUUAAAUUUAAUUAUUAAAUUGAAAAUUUUCGGGAAAAUUUAUACAUCAGUUACAAGUACAUCUAAAGACUAUUGUAAUAUUAUGGACAAACGUGAUAUAUGUAAUUUGAUUAAAGCAAAAUAAUAAAAAAUUAGAAUUAAGAAAAUUUAUCAAGCAAAAGAAACUUGUGUAUUAAGAAGAAUACAUGCUAAGGGAAAAGGCUGAAAAAAGUAUAUUAAUUGUAUUUGGCCAUCAAAAUCAGAUCACCACGUAAACUAAACUUGUAAUGUCAACGCCAUCAUCUCACAAUGAUGGCCCAACUGGAAGAACAGAAUUUUUUGGACAUGGGUUAAAUCCAAAUUUACCUUCUCCCCCUCAAUUGCAGCAGCAGCAACAACUUCAUAUGCCUUUGCAGCAACAAUCGUUUAUUAGCACUAACAGCAACAUAGGAUUACAACAACAGACUGCCGUACUACAACAGCAAGCGGCACAGAAUCCGACAGUUGCUGCAACAACUAUAACAGCACCGCCAACACAAUUUGUACAUUGGUCAAAUCCAUUGAUGGGUGGUGCAACUUUUAUGCAACCACCACCCCAACCAACACCAGCACCUGCUCCUCAACAACAGCAACAACAAUUUAAUGAUUUUCUUUUCAAUAUACAAGCUCAGGCAGCUUACGCUGCCGCAGCUGCUGCAGUGCCCCCAACACAGGUGCCCUCAUCUACUAGCCCACAGGAAACCUAUUCUGUUUUAAGGGUUGGAAAUGGAAACUUUUUGAAAAUUUAUCAUUGUCCAGAAAAUGGUAUAAUUCCAUUGAAAGGUGAAACUUCUUUUAACCCCAUGACGCAAUAUAAUCAGGGGCAACCAACUACUUUUCAUCAUGUCAAUCCUCAGGGAGGAGCAGCUGGUACCGCUCCUCUACAACAGCAGCAAUCUCAAAGUCAAAUAACUGGUUCUGCGAACUCAGCAAGUACUCCAGUGUUUAACAGUUAUGAGUUAUUUUCAAGCAAUACCUUUACCCAACUGCCAACAGCUGAAAUGCCGCCAAUACUUUUGCUAGGGCCCACCACUAAUCCGCCGACAAUGACCGCAACAGAAGACAUCAGCCAUAGUGAAACGAAUCAAGUAACCAAUACUGAAACUACAAACGUGAUUAUUCAUAAUAUGCCCAAUAAUAGUAAAAAUUGGACUGGUGGCAAUCACCCUGUUGCAGCACCAUUAUUUACACAAUUUGAAAAUUGUGCAAGUAAUCAAGAACAAUUAGAAAAUCUUACUCACACUAUAGCAAGUCCAGAAUUGUCACUAAAUAACAACAAUAUUAGUGGCAACAGCAAGGAAGCAACUUUAGAAAAGACUCUUAAUAAUGCCCAUAUUGCCAUACAACAACAGCAGCCACAGUUAAACCUGAAUCCCUCCAUUUCCCAAGAGAAUAUAAAUCAAACCAUUACGUCCUCCUCCUCGGCUACUGCUGCAACACUACUUCCAUCAUCAACCAUUAAAACUGAAAUACCACGUCAAGAGGCACCUAAAAAACGAAUUGUGGCCGAAGUAAAACCAAUGCGUAUGACAUACUCGGAUGUUUUAAGUAAAUUCAAUAAUCAAACUCAAAAUCCCCAACAAAAUAAUCUCAACAAUUUUUCAAUGACAGCAAGUGCUAACCCAACAUCAACUACAGCUCCAAAUUUAACAAAUCAACGCAGUCAACAGAAAUCGUCCAAAAACGAUUCCAAUAAUGCAAAUAAUUCUUCAAUUAAUUUACGUCGCUUGGGAGACGAUUCAACAGUAACACGUACAUCUUCAAAAAAAUCUCCAACACAUGAAAAUAAAGAAAAUCAGCAGCAACAACAAAUGAUAAAUAAUAAAUUAAAUAAUAAUAAUCAAAAACGUUCAAAUGCCAACACUAGUACUUUAAAUGGCAGCAACAACAAUAUUGGUAUAUCAUCAAAUAAAUCAGCGACAACAAUACAAAAGAAUUUAAUUAAUAAUUCCAAAAACAAUACAUUUAAUAUUAAUAAUGGCAAUAGCAGCAACAACAUCAACAAUGAUAAUCAACAGUCGAAAAAACAACGUUCAAAUAAAAAUUCAGAUAUUCAAAAUAAUGGUGGAGCUAAAAACUACAAUAGCGAACAACGUGGCACAUCCAAAAGCAGCGGCAGCAGCGCUCCCAAUAACUCAACACAAUCUACAAAUGUUUACAAUUCCACAACCAAUACUUACGCUCGUAAACCUACAAAAUCCUCAAAUUCUGGCAACUCAUCAUCAGCAGCAGGUCAACAAAGGUCUCGUUAUCAAAACAACUCAAAUGCAUCGUAUUCCUAUUCGUCGACGAAACGUCGUAACAAUAGCUCAUAUGGAGCCUCCUCAUCGUUGAAUAAUUCAUCGUAUGCUAAUGGCGCCGGUAACAAUCGUAACUAUGAAUUGGCAAAACGUUUUCUUCAAGCCUGGUAUACAUACACUCUUAAGAUAUUGACUUGGCUAUUCUAUUUGGUCUAUGACAUUGUUGUACUCGGUUGUAGUAUACUUUAUGAGCGUCUACUAUAUGCUUAUGAAUGCGGUAAAAUGUAUGCAAAACAAUUACAUAAGGAUCUAAAGCAAAAUUCGAAUAAGCCGGGUAUUUGGUUUAAGAACUAUUGUCGAAAGUUUGAUGCAAAAUUUUCGAAAACAUCGAAAUGGGCAUUUUGGAGAAGAUUCUAUAAGAAAAAACCACCGGAAGCCAAUAGCGAAGCGAUAAAAACUGGACGUCUACCGGCAACUGGUGAGGAAGCUAUGUAUCAGUUAUUAAAUUGCAAAGGAAAGGAUGCUUAUAGUAUUUUGGGGGUACCGCCGAAUAGUUCACAAGAGCAAAUACGUAAACAUUAUAAGAAAAUUGCCGUAUUAGUACAUCCCGAUAAGAAUAAACAAGCUGGGGCCGAAGAAGCUUUUAAAGUUUUACAAAGAGCAUUUGAAUUAAUUGGUGAACCGGAAAAUCGCCUUGCCUAUGAUCAGAGUUUAGCGGAGGCUUUACAUGCUGAAAAAGCUUGGACCGAACUGCAUGAUUUGUUAUCACAGCUACAAACUAAAAUUACAGAAGCAGCCAACACUAUUAGAUGUAGUACAUGCGGUUUACGUCAUCCACGUAAAAUAACAGAUCGCGCACACUACGCUGCUCGUGAAUGUGCAUCUUGUAAAAUACGUCACUCGGCCAGAGAAGGUGACAUUUGGGCUGAAACUAGUAUGUUGGGUUUACGUUGGAAAUAUUUGGCUUUAAUGGAGGGUAAAGUCUAUGACAUCACCGAAUGGGCCAAUUGUCAAAAAGGAGCAUUGGCGCAUUUAGAACCCAAUUCACAUAUGGUACAGUAUCGUAUUGUUCGAGGUGCUCAGCAGCAGCAACAACAACAGCAGCAACAACAGAAACAACAGGCCCAGCAACAACAACAACAGCAUCAUCAGCAACAGCAUGCAGGAUCUCAAUAUCCCGGACCAGGUGGAAUGGGUGGUAAAUUUAAACGUGAUAAUAUACCAACCAGUGAGGCGUCCUUACAUGAGUUCCUCGAUAAUCUAUAUAGUGGCCAGCAUCCCCAGCAACAACAACAGAAUACCUCUGCCUAUGCCGGUUCUAGCCGCAGACGUAAUCGUCGCAAUUAAUUUAUACUAUACAAUAAUAAUAAUAUUUGUUUCUAUAUUUCUUUAUUCCUUUAAACUUUAAAUCUCUCAUCUCACUAUUCUUUUUUUUUUAA